AUGUCCGCCGACGCCAUCGCCCGCCUUCGAGCCCAAUUCGAGGCUGAACUGAAGAGCAACGGCGACCUCUACCACCCCAUCGACAUUGAAAGGGUCCGCACCGAGGACUGGCAGGUGAAACGCUUCCUGCUGGAUCAGGCGGACGGCAACGAGGACGCCGCCUUCCAGGCGCUCAUCAAGGCCCUCCAGUGGAAGAAGUCCUUUGGCGUGCACGACCGCACCGACCAGUACUUCCCGAAGGAGGUCUGGGAGCAGAAUGCGGUGGAGAUCUACGGCAAGGACAAACAGGGCCGGCGAGUCUGGAAGGAGACGACCCUGCUGGCGAAGCACUUCGUCGCCCACUGCAUCGAACGGGUGGACCGGGCCGCCGGCGAGACCGGCUUCAUCCUCAUCACCGACAGCAACGGCGGCGGCCUCGCCAACGUCGACAUGGACAUCAUGAAGUUCAAGAUCGCCACCAUCGACCUCUACCCGCAGGCGCUGAAGGGCCUGUACGUGGUGGACCUUCCCUGGCUGCUGAACGCCAUCAUGAAGAUGAUCGUCGCGCUGAUGAGCGAGAAGCUGCGCUCCGUGGUCCACUACGUCAAGGGCCCCGAGCUGGCGGAGGUAAUGGACGAGCAGUUCAUUCCGGUGGAGCUGAAGGGCGGGCGGGACAAGCACGCCUUUCCCGCCGACCUGCAGUCCUUUGAGGCACGCGGGCCGGCGCUGGGCCUCGAUGAGAAGACGGUGGACACCUUCUACAAGACGAUGAAGCUGCCCCGGCCGGGUAAAGCCUAG